GCGUAUAGGGGUGUGUGUGUAAGAGAGAGAGGGACGGAAAGAGAGAGAGAGGCAUAAGGAUAUGCAAAGAGCAAAGCUCGUGUGUUGGAGUUGCACUGCCAAUGCGUGCUGUUAAGCACAGAAACCUUCGUCCAGGACUGGAGCGCACGGUGUGAAGGAGCUGGGUUUAGUUUCCUUGCAUUGACAGAAUAAAGAAAAGAAUCUUCAUCAACAGCUUGAUCGUCAGAGCCCAGAAAAGUCAGCAGCCAUCAAUCCCCACAGGAAUGGUUGAUCACUUGCCACUUGGUGAGGAGACCUUCCUGUAUUAUUCCUGCUCUCCAGGGUCUGACUACGGGUGCUCGUCUCGCUACACCAAGGGUGGUGUUUCGCAGGGCAUCAUGGUGACUGAUGCGGGCACCUAUCAGCUCUCCUCCUCGCCUUGCCUCUCUGAAGAUGACCUCAGUGACUCCUCCAGCCCACGCUCCUCCCUCUGCUCCAGCCCUGAGUCCACGUCUUCAGCAUCACAGAGUGUUUUUUGCUCUAGCUAUGAAAGCAGGAGCAUCAGAAGCAGUGGAUGCUCCAACUCGUCAGGAGGAGAGAAUCAAGAGAGUCUUUUGGACCUCCUUCUCUCACAGGCCUCCCUUACAACCUCAUUCAGCUCCAGUAGCAGCAACAUUUCUGUUUCCUCCUCUCUGUCAUUCUCUUCCCCAGCUUCCUCUACCUCCUCCUCUCCAUCAUCCCCUUUUUUGCCCGUGGGCCUAGCAUGGGAGCCCAAGAGGGAGCAGCGAAUUGGUGUCCAGCAGCACUUGACCAAAGAGGAGGGCUUUGAGUUCCCAGUUUUCCUUGAUGAGCUGCAGGAUCCUGAAGCACUCCUCUUUCAGCCAACUCUAGAGGAGAUUGAAGAGUUCCUUGAAGAGAACAUGAUGGUAGCAAUGGAGAAGGAAGAGAAUGGGAGUGACGAGGAAAUGUCACCUCCCAUAUCUAUGUCAGAUGAUACGGAGUUAGAGGGUUCAAUGACACUCGCAGCAAAACCUGAAUCGCCAUCCCAGAACUCAGAUCAAACUGUCCCUGUGGCCUCCAAGUCAGAGGCCAAGUAUGCUGCAUGUGUCUCAGAUACAGACAGCUCACCAGUGACAGGAGGCGGUAGCUGUGUAACUACUUCCACUGACAGUUGUGUUGAUGGGAUCAAGCAGGAAGACUGUGGAUCACUGACACCUUUGACACCAGAAAGUGCUACCAUUGCUUCAAGUGUGCCUGUCAUCCUCCAAAUCCAGCCCAUGCAGGUCAAACAAGAACCAAAUUCCAGUGCUGCAUCAGACACCAUCCUGGAUCAGUCCCAGAAAACCCAUUCCCAACCAACUGAAUCCCCAUCAUCUAUCAAAAUUGCUCAGCUCCUGGUCAACAUCCAGGGACAGACAUUUGCUUUAGUGCCUCAGUUGCUUUCACCUGCAACAACUAACUCAGGCAAAACAGGGAGUGCUGCUCCAUCCAAAUUCGUCCGAAUUGCACCAGUGCCCAUUGCAGCCAAACCCAAUGGACUUGGGGAAGCGACAUUCGGUCUAGGCGGUUCGGCGGCGGGUGUCCUUACCGGAAGUCAGCGAUACCAGAAGAGCACAGUGGCAGACCUCAUCAAAAUGCACAAGUGCACAUUUCCUGGCUGUAAUAAGAUGUACACCAAGAGCAGCCACCUCAAAGCACAUCUGAGAAGACACACAGGGGAGAAACCCUUUGCAUGCACAUGGCCUGGCUGUGGAUGGAGGUUCUCCCGGUCCGAUGAACUGUCAAGACACCGCCGCUCCCACUCCGGUGUGAAGCCGUACCAAUGCAUCGUCUGCGAGAAGAAGUUUGCUCGCAGCGAUCACCUGUCAAAACACCUCAAAGUCCACCGCUUUCCCCGAAGCAACAGGACGGGACGCUCUGUAAAUGGACCCCUCUGACCCCUGACGUGACGGAGGGAGGGCUGGAUGUCUGUGACGAAAGACUGAGGGGGACAGUCCAAACACCCUUAAAAGGCCUCAGUAAAGGGCUGUAUGUGCGUGUGAUGCGCGUUCUUGGUACUGUGAUAAUUUAUUGGGUAACGAGGAGAAGACUGUAAAAAACUAAACAGGAAACUGUUACUUGACGCAGCAAUGUCACAGGUGGAAUAAGCUUUUCAUAUAUAGAAAUUUCAUCCUCAAAUCUUUUAGCUUAUCUGUUUAGAAGACAAAUUUGCUAUUUUUUACACUUUUAGGAGCAUCUUAUGGACAAUCAUCCAUAUCAAUCUUUUUAUUUCAGUCACUGAAGAAUCUUCUACUUUUUAAAAUCCCUCUCUUUUUUUAACCUUUCUGGUAAUUGUUUUUUUGUUUGAAAAGGAAAACAAAUGAUUGUCCAACAACAUGAAAAUGGAGCCUAAAAAAUAAUAGGAUGAUACAUGGUUGAAUUCUUUCUCAAGGAUUUCAAAGUAGCAGAUGCAUCAACAUUCCUCAAGCUUUAAAAAGGUUUCUUUGACGCCCCAGAGUCUCAAAAUUGGAAAAAAACAUGUUGACGAAGCUCCACAAAAUAAUAAAGCUUAGUUCCAUGUUGAUUUACUGCUCUCCAUCGUAAAUCAUCACACUGUGUAAUUAGCACUGGCACACAGGAAAUCUUCAGUGCUCUGUCCCAUCGGAGAAUCUCUGAGUAAAUUGUGUUGUUUUACUGCAGUCUGACUCAGUUUGGAUGUUGAUUCUCCUCAAAAAGCUUGUAUCAGAUUGAAACCUAUUUUGAUGAACGACUGUGAAUUGUAGCUAAAGCUAACAGUGGAUCCAAAUGGUCCUGUGUGUCCGCAUCACAACUUCUGUUUUACGACUUGAUAUUUUGCCAUAUCAUUAUCAGUAUCACUUUAUGUAAUUUCACUUGCCUCAUGUCACUGUUGUGAAAUAGCAGUAGAUCUCAUUUGAAUAAGCUAAAACAAAGUUAGUUUUUUCUCUUCCACUGCCAAAAAAAAAAAUAGAUUUUGAAUGUGAACGCCAAUAUUAUUUAUCUUGUCUGACUUAGAAAUCACCCCAGGUUGUCAAAAGAGCGGUGAUCUGUGGUGUAACUGCCUAAAGCAGACCUUAACAGAAAAGAUACUGGACCAUUAAAAAAAAUACAGGAAAGUUCAAAAGAUGCAAAGUUCAUAUUUUCUAAAGUGAGGUUCUGUAAAGUUGUGUUCAGUGUCAGUUUCCUCACUCUCAGUAGAUACAGUGGUAGAACGACUACAAGAAACUUGUAAAAAGUUUCUACAAACUUUCUACAAGUUUGUAGAAAUGAAGAGAAACUCUCAGACAGGUGGAAGACUAACAGUCAAAUGGACCUUUUAGCUAGCUAUGUAUUUUAAAAACCCAAACAGUAAAUGGUCGCCAGGCUAUGUUAGCAGAUAAUAACCAUCACUGUUUUUACACCAUUGUUGCAAUUCAGGGACUUUCUGUUAAAACUAUUGCUGUUAAUAACUUUGAAGAAUCCUAGUGAAACAAGGCAACUGUCCCUCUAAGGCUUAUAGCAGGAUCAUUUCUUUUGGAAAAUUUGUAACAAUGCACCGAUCAUCUUGAUUAUUUGGUUAAUAUCAAUUAUUUUGAGAUCUGACCUGCAGAUUCCAAUUUUUACUAAUUGCAAUUUUCUAUUAUUAAUAGGUCUUAAACAUAAAAAACAGAAAUGCUGCAGAGAGAGUAAUUUUAAAAUGCAGAAAAUGAAGACAUUAGAGGAGUAUUCUCAUUUAUGUAUCAAACCACAUAUGAAUAACAUUCAGCUGAUUCCUGGUAAACCCAGAUCAAAGUACAUCCUGUGUUUUGAUGCAUUUACUGAUUGAACAUAGUGGAAGAUUUUAGUUUUGGCAUAUUUUAUGGGCAGGAGAUCAAAAUGUACAACCUUUGGUAUUGAAUCUUAGUAAUAAUCAUGGAAAAAUGGCUGAUGUCAACCACUGAAACUUGGACUGGCAGAGAGUUAAAAAUAAAAAUACAAUGUCUUGUUCAUAAACCAUUAGUAGAGUCACUUUAAUUUGUGGAGUGUUCGGGCUCGUCUUGAAAAAAAUACAAAGAAACUUGAAAUGAACAAAUGUAACUGGAAUGUUUUCUCUUUUCUUAUUGGAUUCGUUGAGACUGGAAGUUAUUGCAUCAUGUAACUCAUCCCAUUUUUUUCAUCAAAGCAGGUUUGGGUAAACAGAAAAUAAAAAGCAAUACUGAAAUCCGAUCCUCAGUGUUGAACAUGUCACAUCUGCCUUUGUCCUUUUCUUUAGGGGAACAGUGUUGGGCUUUUUGACACAUCAGAUCUUCCAAAAAAUUCAGUUUUCCUCUUUGCUUCCCCUCAUCUCUGUACAAUGCAAUGUAUCUCUUCAUCUCAGCUGAACUUAAGCCAAAUGUGCCACAGCGAGGCAGGAGUCGGUUUCUGUGACAUAAGUGUGACAGGUGUCAGCGUUUUUUAUUCACAUUUAAAACAAUGAUUGUUGAAAAGUAAAAUUACGUGUUUUGUUUGUGUUCAUUUUCUCAGUAAUUGACGGAUCUAUUUGAAUGUUCAGCACGUGGCCCUUGAUGCUGUAUGUAGAAAGUGUAUUUGCUCUGUCAGGCAUUCCUUCCAUGCACACAGAGGACACACUUUGAUCCAUGAAUGUAUGUAAAUACUGUACAUGCAUCAGAAAGGACAACUGCUUGUAAUAUCUGUGAUUGUGAAAGAUUUUUUUUUUGUGAAAAUGUAGAGAAACUGUACAUAACAAAAUAUUUCGAAUAUAAAAAUAUAUAUGUAUACUGUAAAAUAAGGAGAAUAUUUUUUUUCUGGUGUUCCCAGACCACAUAUGUUAAAGUGGCUCAGUGAGUAUGUCAGAAUACAGUUUCAGUUUUACCUGACUGUCUACUUUUCCAAAAACGUACUAUUACCAAAGUCAUGUCAGCUGGUGAAGUAGAAGCUUCUACAUGAUGCGUCAUAAAAUAUCUCCUGAGUUGUUUACAAAAUGUGGUCUGUACACACUAAAGAUAAGAAUUGACUCAAAUUCUUAUAUAUAUUUUUUUGCUUUGUUCUACUAUGUAAAACACAUUUACAAUAAAAUUCUGAAGCUUAAAUCCUA